AUGGUGUGUUGCCUUUUUCGUGUAAUUUUAAUGCUGGUGAUGGUUUUUCGAUUGUCCAAUGCCGGUUUGUUGGAUUGGUUCCGAGGUGACGCGGUGGAGGAACAGUGGGGCCACAAGGUGGGCAAGAUUUACAUCGAAGUCCUCGCACCGAAAGGCAUUCGACUGUGGACAGCGUACAAUCCUGAUACUGAGCUGCUGGGCGUUGAGCUGUACGUGAAGUAUUACGGUGGCCGCACGGAGGCCCUCGAGUGUGCCCUGUGCCAAAACGUUACCGAUCCGGUGGAUGGGAAGUUUAUGCUGGAAGAUCCUAACUUAGUCGCCCGGUUUGGGGAUGUGCUCCAGUACACCAUCAUCACUUUCAACGGGACCACAACGAAACGACACCCGGCAAGGCGAAUGUUUGUGCGAGAGGAGCUUAUCAAGCCGAACAAUCGGUGUGCCUGUGCAGGGCUUGAGCCUCCCGUACAUCUUCAAGACGAACCAUUGACUGAGGUGGAGCUGCUCGAGCGGAUGAUACAACGUGCACUGAGCAAUCGGAGCAAUGACUGUGAAUCGAUCUCAAACUGGCUUGUACUGCGAGCCGAACCACGCAACGAACAGGCCAACUUGCUAGACUACGUGCGCACCUAUCUCGAUCUGUUGCUGUUGAGAGCAAAGUGGCGUACGCUGGAUGCCGGUGGUAGUGGUUGGACAAACGGACGGCCAUCGGAAUUGGUCGUCGAUGUGGAAGAUCAUGUGGAUGGGAUUGCGUUUCAGGUGCGAUCUACCAUCGAAAAACUAAAAAUGCUGGAACUUAUGAACUUCAGCGGAGUGAUAGCGGAUUAUGAUGGAGUUUUAUAG